AUGAAGAAACCGAGUAAAAAAAAAGCCUGUCUAUUCAACAUUCUCUCCACUCCCUUUAAUCUUUCAUUGGGACCCUCAUUGUCUUUAUCUGCUUCUUCACUGGCCUCUUUAUUACAUCUUCUCCCCCCAUCAUCCAUUUCACUCACUCCGUCCCUUUCAACCCGCCGGCAUCUCCUCUCCUCCGACAUGGAUAAAGAAAACCUCGCUUUUCCCCAUCACUUCGCCUCUCCGUACUCCACCGAGUCUGAAAGCGACGAUGAAGAUGUCGUCGCCUUAACCCGUCGCUUCUCUCGAUCUGCCUCCUUUACAGAACCCCUUUACAAUAAUCUCAAGGAGAAGAGGGUUUUCUCUGGCUCGCCGGAAUCCACUCUUGGAUGGUUGGGUUCUGUUCAUUCUCAGGCACCUUCGCUACCACAGUUUGUGAGAAGUGAUGAAGAUGCUUGGAAUAUGAUCUAUGCUGCUGCGGGUCAAGUUGCACGAAUGAAGAUGAGAAUGAGCUUGAGCAACAGAGGUUUACCUGGAGUUGUUCCUUACUGUGACGGAGAAGAGUUUUUCCGGCAUCAGCAAAGUUGUCGGAACAGAUGUGUUUCGGGAAGCGAAAGCGUCGGAGGUGGAUGUGGUGGUCGACCACCGAGUUUUCCUCAGACUGCAUGGCCUCCGCCCCAACAACGCCUCCAACAUCGUUCAAAUCAACAAAAACCAUGCAAUGCGCCGGUCAUGAAAGGAGUUGUUAUCGGUGGAUCUGGGGGCGGUUGUGACGGUGGUGGUGCUACGGCGGCGAAGAGGGAAUGUCCCGGAACUGGUGUGUUUUUGCCCCGCAGAUACUGUAAUAACCCACCUGAAUCUCGAAAAAGACAAGCAUGUUCACCUGCUAAUCUGCCAGCUAAAACGAUUCAAUAUUCCAAUAACACCCUUGUCCCCAUUACCGGGCAGCCUCAAACUCAAGCACGCAUCAAUGUCGGCCUCGUUCCUCAUUAUGAAAUGUUAAUGGGUCGGAGGAAUGCCAUGAGUCUAGCUGCUCAGCAGCUGCGAAGCAACAUCCAUGGCCACGGCGGCGUAAUGGACUCACCGGUGAAUAACCCGGAAAUGCUCCUCCCUCAAGAAUGGACCUACUGAAACUCCGUUUUUUGGAGAGUAGAUAGAAGAAAAGGUCUAUAAGUAUAAGUAGUAGUGGUGGAGAUAUGAUUUUGUUUGAUGUUGAUUAUCUAAGUACAGUGAUGAAAAUAAAUGAGAAGGGUAUCCGAAGACUUUUUAGGAUUUUUUGUUGGAGAAUUUGAAAAUUCCAUUUGUUUCGAGAUUUUAAUAGAUAUGAAUAUAUAACGACC